AAAUAGCUUGUGAAAGGUGAGACUAGGGGUGGAAUUAUAUUACUCUUUGUACACCCAAAUGACAGUUUGCAACCACACUGGUAGUGUUUUUAGCACUUAAGUACAGUUUUUGAUUCUAUUACUCCUGCAGUGUGGAUGCUUAGUUAGUUAUGCAUUGGCUGGGCAGGUAUGCAUCUACAUAUAUGCAUUCACUGGUAUAAGUCCCAGAAAAGAUGAGAAGGAGGGCCCUCCCAUGUUCCUGAAGGGAGAAAGACAGAGCUUCUAGGACCUGUGUGCCUAGCAGGGGUUUGAACCUACAGAUCUCUGAUUUCUUAGCAUGUUCAAACAACCCCACUACAGAUUAAGCAUUUCUCUUACUUUUCUCCAGUGCUUCUUUUGAAGUUGAGCCACUGCUCCUCGCAUUUACCAGUCAUUGGAUAAAAUGGAUAGAGAGCAGUGUAGCAGCAGAGUGGUUUCUGCCAUAUUAGGGGUAAGGGCUCAGACUUACCCCUAAUAUGGCCAUAAAAUUACCCAUUUUAAAGCAGGUUCCACCUCACCUCUGCUUAUUAUCUUCUUCCUGACCACACAUAGCUCUGUCUUUGGACUACCCAGAUGCCAUCUUCAAAAGGAGCACUGGAAAUGAAUUUGGAUAAUGUCUGCCUUUGGCCUCAUGGUUCUUUAGAAGUUGGGGAAAUGGAGAUUCAAACCCGAGUGAGGGUUUGAACAGGGUUUCCCUGUAACUGUUGUCUCCCACUUCAUGAGUAAGUGUCCUAACCACCUAGCUAUUAGGGGCUAAAGCAGGAGAGCCCCCCUCCUCCAUGUAACACCUGUUACUCAUGGUUUUUGUUCAGCUACAUUUUUGUGGCUGCUGCAUACAUGAUGGGGUCAGGAAUGGACAUGGGCAGUAUGUAGCCUACUGCACACUCUCAGUCUAUGUGCACAUGCUUAUGUGCUGACACUGCAAGAGUAACAGAAUCACAAACUGUGGAUAAGUGCCGAAAAUGUUAGUUAGGUGGCUGGAGAAUGUCCAUGUAUUCACACGAAGGGAAACAGAAUUCCACUCCAGUGUCCCUUCUCUAUCACCAAACAUGAAAUAUUGAGACUUAAGGGCCAAAUUGUGAAGCUAGUAAGAGUACUUGUGCAAACAUCAGAUUGUUAAUGGGAGUAAGUUUGUCCUGUUCACGCAAGCAAAGAUUCUAUUAAUUCUGUUUUGACCAAGGGAUAAAUUCUAAAUGUCUCCAUCCAAUCCAAUCACAUGCAGCUAUUUCCGUAUCUUCUAUAAAAGCAGAUAGGGCUAGAUUUUGUCAUAGUAGAUAAAGUAUGGAACCUGCUGAAAAGUGAAAAGAAGACAACAUUUUGGGUAAAGGACUCUUGAGCAGGAAAUUAUUUCUAUAGAAAUACAGAAAAAAAUCUGUACAAUCCCUAAUGUGCAUAGCAGGGAGGCAUAAACUUGGUUUUUACAAUCUUUGAUUUAGAUACUGAGGUCAGAUGAACAUUCAUUGCUGUUCUGUUAUGUGGGCUGUCUUGGAUGACAAAUGGAAAACUCCACUAUAAUUUCACGAAUCUGGAUAAUUUUAUGGAUCUUCUGUGGACAAACAAACUUGUUCCUGGUAAGGUGCUUUUAUCCAUCAACUAUUAAUGUUGGACCAAACUGUGCAAUCAGACAGAACUGAUUUGAACUGAUGGGAAGCCCCUCAGGAUACUUCACAGAUUUUGAAGAUAAAAAACAGGUGGUAAGAUGGAAGAACCUAGUUGCACUUUUGGCUAAGAGAUAUAUAGCAAAAUAUGGUCUGGAACAUGUUGCCAAAUGGAAUUUUGAAACUUGGAAUGAGCCAGAUCAUCAUGACUUUGAUAAUGUGUCAAUGACCGUCAAAGGGUUUCUCAAUUAUUAUGAUGCUUCCUCAGAAGGGUUAAGAGAAGCUAGUUCUCUACUGAAAUUUGGAGGGCCAGGAGACUCCUUUCACCCGUUCCCAAAGUCACCCAUGUGCUGGAGUCUUUUAUAUCACUGUUACAAUGGAACCAACUUCUUCACAGGAGAGACUGGUGUGAGGUUGGACUACAUAUCCCUCCACAAGAAGGGAGCUGGGAGUUCGCUUCAGAUCUUGCAAGAAGAAACAGAAGUUCUUGAGCAAAUUCAGCAGCUCUUCCCAAAUUUCACUUCUAUUCCCAUCUACAAUGAUGAGGCAGACCCAAUGGUGGGAUGGUCAGUUCCGCAAACAUGGAGAGCUGAUGUGACCUAUGCUGCCAUGGUGGUGAAGAUAAUCAUCCAACAUCAAAACCUGCUCAUUUCCAAGGCCAACAGCACUAUUAACUAUACCUUGCUGAGUAAUGAUAAUGCCUUCAUGAACUACUACCCCCAUUACUUUACCCAGAGGACACUAACUGCACGAUUUCAAAUGAACAACACAAAACCACCACAUGUCCAGAUGGUGAGGAAGCCUGUGUUGACUGCAAUGGGCCUUCUGGCAUUGUUAGGGGAAACACAAAUUUUUGCAGAUGUAUACAACAGCAAAGGCAAAAAUGGUAACAACAGCACCGUUGGAGUACUAGCCACUCUACAUACCCCUGCUGAGCUACCAUCUUCAGAUAGCUGGCAAGCUACCAUACUGAUUUAUGCUAGUGAUGAUAACCAUACAUCAUUGAAUAUCAGUGCUGUAACACUGAACAUGACCCAGUUCCCCAAAUGUGCAGAGCUUGUGUAUGUGACAUACUGUCUAGACAACAAUCUUACCAAUCCCUAUUUGGAAUGGAAGAAACUAGGAAGCCCCGACUUCCCUUCUGUAAAGCAGUUCCAACAACUAAGGGAUGCUGAGGACCCAGCAGUGACAGGACCAUUCCUGUUUCCUGAAGAUGGCCACCUGCUCUUGAAGAAGGAACUCCCCAUUCCAUCUGUCUUCUUGAUCCAUGUUUGUGCAAGACCUCGCUCUGUUCCCAACCAAGUAACAGGUGUUCACCUUAUACCACUCACAAAGGAGCAAGUUGCUGUAUUGUGGGAUGACCAUGUGGAUUCAAAAUGCAUAAAAACAUUUGAAGUAGAGUUUUCGCCAAAUGGAAAAACAUACCAAAGGAUUAAUACCAAAGACACUAUAUUCACUCUCUGGGUCUACAGUCCAGGAAGCAUAGUUUCAGGCUUUUACCGAGUGCGUGCUGUUGACUACUGGGGCAAGCCAGGCCUUUUCUCCAUUCCUGUGAAGUACACUGAAGCUCCUGAAUGAAAAAGAAGAGAAAGCUAUGAGUCUGCCUGCAGCAUGUGGUAGAGCAGCAUAGGUUGCUGCCAACUACAACCUCCCCAAAACAAAACUUCACCUUAAUUUAUGUGGGAAGACAGCAGUGACAUGAUGAAGCAUGUUGGAAGGCAGUAUUGUCAGCUACUGUCGCUGAUGCAGCUUGAAGACAACAUUAUCCCAAACAGCAAGAACACCGACAAUUUGACUCCUGCUAUUUUUGUAAAAGACAAGCACCGGACCAGGAUUUGCUUUGUUAAUUGGUGGGCAGGAAGAAAUCAUUGACCUUGCCUCUUCCUAUAUUCCAACAGUGGAACUCACCUGACAGCAGCAGAUUUGGGGUCAUAAAAGCAGAGCAGCACAGUGAGAAUAGGGCCAUGGUUCCAAUGUACAGACUGACUGAAUAGGCAGAGGCCAACAGCAAAGUCACAAACUGGGCCUAUUGGAGCAUUCUCAGGCAGACCCCAAUGGGGAGUUCAGGGGGUGACUGAAUUUCCUCCCCUGCUAGCUAGGAAUAUGAGUAAAGGCAAAGCUCUGUCAGAGCUCUGUCUUCCAACACAAGAACAAAGCAACCUUUUCUGUCCUCCUUGGGCUGCUGUCCCAAACCCUGUAAGCUGUGGGUGUUACUUGGCAGUGCCUUUUCCUAAAGGAUUCUAGGAAUUCAAUGCAAUUUGUUGGCUCAUUUUCUCAGAAAGUGCAGAGUCCUUCAGCCCUGUGUGUAAGAGCUUCUUGUCAGUCAUUUGCCCAUUGCUGGGCCUUACCUACAUGCACAGAGCCCUGCCUCCAACAAGAUUGAGAGAGGAAAGCAUCCCCUUCUCUAGCAUGCAUGGGUUUGUGCCUGUAUGCUUUUUUGCUCUCUCUUUUCCUUCAGAGGUUUUAAAUCACCAUCCCUUCACCUCUCCCAACCAGGACUUCCCAAACUUUAGGCUUUCUUAGUCACAGCAAUGAGGGCAGACAAAGACAACCUGCUUCCCUGUCCCCUGCAGCCUUGCGUACUCCUAAAUCACAUGCCCAAGCUGCAGACUACAAUUCCCAGUGUGCAGAGCCUUAAAUGAGUCAAAGCCUGUGACAGAUAGAGUGGGUUAUGUAUUCCUUCCAUAAUCAGCUAAGUGCUAAAAGGCCCAGAUAAAGUAGGCCCUAGAAUUGUACAUGGGAGAGGGCCAGCCUUGGGCACACUUUUUAGGGAACUUAGCUAAGAAUGCUUCAGUAGCUUAUCUUUUACAAAACUUUUUAAAAAGAGGGUUAUAAUGUUACACAAAAAGAUAAAGCCAGUAUUGUGUCUAGAUUGCCUUCACAUGUUAAUGAUUGUUUUGUAAGUCAAAGUGCCUUAAAGUUACAUUGGUGUAGGUUGUAGCUGUGCUGGUCUAAGGACAUACACAGACAAGGUUCUUUGGGUGAAUCUGAUAUCUUUUAUUAAGUUGGCCUAACAGGAAAAUACUGCAGUAAAAUAUUAGGGUAUUCUGUAAUAGGGAAAUAAGCAUCUGUCACAAACAUCUCCCGCCACUGAUAUAAAGUACAUCAUCAGCUUAACACAAAGCAUGCUUAGUUGUGUGUAUGGGUGGAUCCAGGAUUUCAGAAAGUUGUCUGAAAGGGGAUACAGGAGCAGUGACGUGCACUACAGGGUUAGUUUCACCCCAGCUCCCAGCAUCCAGCCUUGUUGCAGACAGGCUGAGCUGCAGAAGCAGCAGCAGGGACUUUUCUAAAGUCCUUCAAGCAGGUAAGAAGGCUCCCCUUCCUUCCUUUCCGUGAUUAGCUGCAUGUUCUCUUGCCUUCCCUUGCAUUCCCUCCUUCCCCUACCCACUGAUGCCACUGGUGCUGUCUCCAGCUGAGCCAGGGACAAGGGGCUUCAGUCGCUUCUGCCCCACUGGAGCCAGGCUAUACAUGAAACCAAUGUUGGUUGGAGACAGUAGCAGUAGUGGGCAGGUUCCUUUCCCCCACACUUGCUCCUGGGCUGACAAGGAGCAACCAGGAGGACUGGGCAGCGAGGAGAAAGUCCAGCUGCUGCUCCCUCUGUCCCUGAGUGAGCCUGGCUCCUCCCAGAACCGAGUUGGAUUGUCCAGAGCAGCUUUGAAGUUGCUUUCUGCCCCUCCCUCACCUUUGCCCCUGGGGCAGCUGGAGACAACAGCAGCAGUGGGCAGGGAAGGAAAGGGGCAGGUGUCAUUCUUAAUUUCUUCUGGGACUUAAAAAAAAAUUCCCCGACUGCUUCUCCUGUGAUGUGGUCAACUGAAAGUUGGGUGUAUCUGUGCUAGUUGUUCCCUGCCUCCCACCCUGGUUGCGUGGCAACAUAAAGUCAGCUGUAAAACAAGAUUUAGCCUUGUGGAUUCAGAUGUGAUUUUCCCGCACCCCAUCCAUAUAUAAGUAGCCUGAGUAGAUGAUUGAGAUGAUAUAGGCUAAAUUUUGAAUACUUCAGUAGUGCAUUUAUUCCCUUUUACAGUCCUGAAGAACCUACUCCUGACUUUUUCUUUAAAAAAAUAUUUCAGAAGACCAGGCAAACCAGACUCAUUUAAUUUGUUGAUUUUAACAGUUAAGAACAUAAUCAAAUAGCAGCAGUAUAGGUAUACUACAUUAUCCAUUGUCUGGUCUGAUUUUGGUGCUGAUAUUUCACAGAAUGAGCUCAGUAUGCCUGCCUAAUAUUCCAAUGUUUAUAGGCCACUUGUUUACCAGAAAUUGACUAAUACAGUAUUUCAUACAUCGUAAUUUUCCAUACAUUAUCAAUAGCACAUAAAUUAGUUCCUGCCAGUUCCUGAUCCAGUUUUGAACAAAACACUCCAGAAACUCAGAGGACCUAAAGGUGUUGUGUCCCAAAACAGUUCCUAGUAAGGAAGAGAUGUUUAUUGGACACUAAUAGAAUUAUCCAAGGAGUUUAGUAUUUUGGUGCCAACUUAGCAUAAUAAAAGUAUAACGGGACUUUGGUUUACAGCUUUGGUAAGGAUACUGCAAUAUAUCAGAUUGCAAGUUGGCUUGAAGCCCCUAUUAUACAUUGAAGAUGAAGCCAUUUAGCCAAUUAUAUACUUCUAGUAAGACUAGGCAGUUAAUAUAAUGUAAUCAAGUGGGUGUUUUAGUUAACUCAGUUUAUUUGUGCCACUCAUUUUAAUUGUCAGGAGUGCUGGGCAUCAACAGACCUACACAGGCCUGCUGAUGUUUAGUACCUGCAAAAGAUCAAACACCAAACAUUGUAGUCCAAUGGGCACCAACCUUUUUGACAAGCAUGCCAGAAUUUAAGCCUUACACCCUUCCAGAGUGCCACUCCAAUCCCCUUCUCCUGCCUGAUCUGCUACUCUGUUUUCUGCCCCUGCCCUGUGCUCCCUGUCAGAGCUGCUGCUCUGUUUUCUGCUCCCUCCCUAAUCUGCUGUGUGCCACACAAAAAGACUGCCUGUGCUACUUGUGGCACCCAUGUUCUAGUAUAUCUACUGAUGGAGAGAGAUAUAGAUGAAAGUAGGUUGGAGUAUGGUGUAGAUAUGCAGCAUGUUUACCUUGGGAGAACUUGUCUUGGAUAUUACUCCUGAAUAAAAUUACACUGGUGUCUGCAACAGACACAUGACCGAGUCUCUGGAGGUACGUACCUGCAGUAGCUGCUACUACAGUACCUUGACACUGGAUGAGAGGCAGCCUACAAUAGCCUGUUUGCACAAAGCAAAAGGAUACCCCUGGACAAAAUUGACUAGAAUGAUGGACCCAUAAUCUGUACACAGGUGUAUGGAUACUUGUUUUCUGAAGGAUAAUUUUACCCCAGAGUUGAGCGAUCAAUGUAAAGCUGCACAUGGACACAUUGUGUAUCUGCUCUACUUUUGUCCUAGAGAUAAAGUCAAAAUAACUCUCGAGUAAGUAAGUGUGUUAUUAUCUACAUCCAAAGUUUAGUUACACAGGCAUUAUUUUGCUGCACUUUUACUUUUUCUAAUGCCAUAUACCAUACCAGUUCUGUAUCUGAUUGUAUUUGUGUUAUAACUAAUGCAAAAAAGUCUCAUGGAGGAUAAUUUUAUAUUGUAUAAACCUGCAAAAUACAUUGCACCUAUCACUAUAUCUUAUAAAAUACCUUGAAUUUACAAUAAAACUGGUUC